AUGGUCCAGCAACUGGUUACCCGUGAGCGCUGGUCAAGAUUCGUUGUCGUUCUCGGUAUAGCAAAGGCUGGCAUGUACGAGGCCAAGCUGAAGAAGCAUGAAGGCGCCCUCGAAGGCCGUUUCAGGCCCGCUAGGAGCACGAGUAUCAUAACUAUCGUCCGCCGGAGGUAUCAUGACAUCAGAGAUAUGAGCAACAGACACCGGCCGAUGAUCCCCUGGUCCAGCGGCUCCGAUGAUUCCACACCGACCUUGCAGCAGCAGCAGCAGCAACAGCAGCAGCAGAGCAGAUAG